AUGACCAGUGUGCUAUUUGAUCAGUCUAUUCCGGUGUUAUUCCUGAGGAGUUCAUCAUGGUUGCCCCUGUACUUUCAGAUAUCGCUCUAUCUCGACUCUUCUGGGGAGACGGAUGUGAGCUUAAACAGCAAUCAGAACCUAGUGAGGUUUACUCCUCUGUACAAUGGCAUCCUCAACGCUGUCGCACGAAGACUAUACAGUGGCAUGGAUCUGCGCAUUGCCGCUGGAACUGGAAGCUACGAAAAUGAUGCUAGAUGA